AAACAUGAAACAAAUAGUAUGUUUUCAUUGUGGUGUUUCUGCUUUUUCUUAGGAGCUGGUGAAUCAGGAAAGAGCACAAUUGUGAAACAAAUGAAAAUUAUCCAUGAAGCUGGUUAUUCAGAAGAAGAAUGUAAACAAUACAAAGCUGUUGUCUACAGUAAUACAAUUCAGUCCAUUAUUGCUAUAAUUAGAGCAAUGGGAAGGUUGAAGAUAGAUUUUGGGGAUUCUACCAGAGCAGAUGAUGCCCGUCAACUCUUUGUUCUAGCAGGAUCAGCAGAGGAGGGCUUCAUGACAACAGAACUGGCUGGAGUUAUCAAAAGAUUAUGGAAAGACAGUGGUGUUCAAGCUUGUUUUAACAGAUCAAGAGAGUAUCAACUUAAUGACUCAGCAGCAUAUUAUUUGAAUGACUUGGACAGGAUAGCCCACACUAACUAUAUCCCAACACAGCAGGAUGUUCUUCGGACUCGAGUGAAAACUACUGGAAUAGUAGAAACUCAUUUUACUUUCAAAGAUCUCCAUUUUAAGAUGUUUGAUGUUGGGGGCCAAAGGUCAGAAAGGAAAAAAUGGAUUCACUGCUUUGAAGGAGUCACAGCCAUAAUUUUUUGUGUGGCACUUAGUGAUUAUGACUUGGUUCUUGCUGAAGAUGAAGAAAUGAAUAGAAUGCAUGAAAGCAUGAAAUUAUUUGACAGCAUCUGCAACAAUAAAUGGUUCACAGACACAUCUAUUAUCCUAUUUUUAAAUAAGAAGGAUCUCUUUGAAGAAAAAAUCAAAAGGAGCCCUCUCACUAUUUGUUACCCGGAAUAUCCAGGGUCAAAUACAUAUGAAGAGGCAGCUGCAUAUAUCCAGUGUCAGUUUGAGGACCUGAACAAAAGAAAAGACACAAAGGAAAUUUAUACUCACUUCACAUGUGCCACAGAUACUAAGAAUGUACAAUUUGUCUUUGAUGCUGUAACUGAUGUCAUCAUAAAGAAUAAUCUGAAAGACUGUGGCUUAUUCUAAAUAUUUUCACCACAUUGUCCCUUCCCUCAUUUUUUUGUUGUUGUUAACCAGAUGGGUCACAACUUUUUUUAAAAAAUGUAUAUUUUUGAUUUUCUUCUUAUUUAUGUAAUCUGAUCUUUCUUCUUUUGAGUUAGUUUGUACAAUCAGUUCAUAAAACUCAGAUCUGUUGAUUUAUAUAGUUACAAACAAUGGCCAGAUCAGUAUAGUACUUGCUCCUUAAAACAAUUUUAUUUAUGUUUGCUGUAUAGAUUUAAACAACGUUGGUCAGGACUCAAAACAUUUUAAUUAUAUGUCUGCUUGUAAUUGUAUGUAUUUUGUUUAUAGAAACACUGAACACAGUAUGUUAAUAAUGUGAUGCAUCCUGCCAAGUGUCCAUGUUUUAAAAACAUUUUUUCUGUAAGACAGAAAAUGCUAUGGAUUUUGGAUUUUCCAUUAUUGAAACAAUUUCUUUAAAAUAAUUUCCAAUAUGGUGUUAUUUUGCCCCCCCCCCCCCUGAUUUUAUUUUCAGAGCUGUAGUUAGUAUGGCAGGCUUUCUGUAGUAUAAACUUUUUUUCUCUCUCCAUUUGCUCAGGAUUAAAUGGGAAAUGCUACCACUUACUUUUCCAAAAUUUAUUUUCCUCAAACCUUUCAAAUUCCCUACUCUCCCAUCUUGUGUUUUUCAGUGCCAGAUAUUUAAGAGUUGGAAGCUGGUGUGAUCUAGUAUGUGGAAGCAAGAUACUUAAUAUAUGUUGAAGUACAUCACCCAUACAUGCAUAGCAGAGAACAUAACAUUGGAAGUCCAGUGUAUGUGUGAUUGUCUGGAUUAUUGGGGGGGGGGCACGGUUGUUGCUGUUUUGUAUUUGCUUUGAGUGUGUGUUUUUAGGUGUGUAAGUAUUUCAGAUGUGUAAUUCCAUUCUUGCCAGCAUUAGGAUGGGGAUUCAGAAUUAGUCCAGUUUUACCUCUCUUGAUUUUCAUUUCCCUUUCCCAGAGAUGUUGCCAUUAACUGUUGUUCACAUUCUAUUGAACAAAUCUUAUAAUUUAAACAUGUAGUAUUUUUACUCAGGUCAAUAGGCACCAUAUUCAUUAUAAUCAAAAUAUAUUUGAAGCACAGGGAAUUUGGUGGCACAUGCACUUUUGGAAUGGAUUUUUCCAUGGGGUAUUAUCACUGUGUUAGUAACUUUAACCCUGUGGCUUGGAUCCAAAGAGGCCCAUGCAUGUGUGCAAAGCACUUCCAUCCUCACAUGGAGAAAAGAUGUCUUGUCUUUCUAGCUGUAGUCUGGAGGGUCUCUGGCCUUCAGAGUUACUUUAGAGACUUUGGUGACGUUAUAAGGGAUAAUCUUCAGAGAAUGUGAAGUUCUGCAUACAGAACUUUGCAUUUGGGCUUACGUAGAUUCCAUUGAGGUUUUCUCACCAAUAGUUUCCAUUUCCACUCCAGAAAAGGCAAGCUGCUUUUUGAACAAGUUGAAUUUUUGAGGAAUGCAAACUUCUGUUACCAGUACAUUCAGCUUAUCUGUGCUGUACUCCAUUGGUACAUAAAAUAUUACUUCGAUUUGCAGAUGAAGUCUGUGUUACUACCUUAGGGUAGUACUGAUUUACACACACACAUGAAACAAGGACUUUUGUAAAUCAAUGUUCCACAUCCUAAAAUAUGAGCACAGCAAAAUUGCAAAUCUAGCUUAUUUUGUGUAUGUUGUAGCAUACGUGUUAGCACACGCUAUUUUCCUUUCUUCUUUCAAAGCAUGGAAGAAUCCUUGAAACAACCCGUUUGUUGUUGUAUACAGUAUUCUUCAGCCUUUCCAAACACAGUAACAGCCCUAAUAUUUUUUUAGCAUUUAUGUAAAUUGUCACAUUAAAUUACUUCUUCUCUCAACCCCAUCCCAUUAUUCUGAGCAAUUACCAAUAAUUAUUUCAUUUGCAUCCUGGAAAAAAAUGCUAAAGAAAAUAAUGUCAAAUGAAUGAACAAAUCUAAAUAGUCUCUGUUUAAACUAUUAGUUCUGGGGAUUGAUUUAUGUGCUCUGGAACACUUAAGAGUUGUGUAGCAUAGUGUUUGCUUCAUAUUAUUCUAACAGUUAAAGUAGUUGGUAGUUAUUGUUUCUAUAUCCCUAGGUUUUGUAUAUCCCUGGCAUUUUUUUAAGCAAGAAAACUAAACUGCAAAAAGAUUUCGAUCUAAGUUAUUUGUGCCUUGUCUGAAAUAAAUAUUUUUUCAUUAGAACACAAAUGAUGGGAGAUCCUUCUGUAAUCAUAAGUAAACUGCAAACAAAAUAAAGUUUGAGUAAAUUUGAA